AUGGCGUCUGCUGACCUGAGGGCCGAGCUGGACUGCUCCAUCUGCCUGAGCUUCUAUACAGAUCCUGUGUCCCUGAGAUGUGGACACAACUUCUGCCGCUCGUGUAUUGUGAGUGCGCUGGAUGCACAGGAGGCAGCUGGAGUGUAUUCCUGUCCUGACUGUAGAGCAGAAUAUCCGGAGCGUCCGGCCCUGGAGAAGAACAGGAAGCUGAGGAACAUAGUGGAGCGUUUCUUAUCUGCUCAGCCUGAUAUGGAGGAGACCGGGAUCUUCUGUACUUACUGUGAUUCUCCUGUACCAGCUGUGAGGACAUGUCUGCAGUGUGAGGCCUCGUUCUGUGAAAAGCACUUGAGUAGACACAGUAAGUCAUCAGAACAUACUUUGGUUGAACCUACUGCUACCCCGAAGGAAAGAAAAUGCUCCACACACAAGGAGGUUCUGAAAUACUAUUGUCCUAUAGAGGCCGUCUGUAUCUGUGUGUCCUGCUGUCUGGUCGGCGAGCACAGGGGACAUGACGUGGAGCUACUGGACGUGGCCUCUGAGAAGGAGAAAGAGAAACUGAGGAAAUAUCUGGAGGAACUAAACCCACAAAAAGCAAAAAUUCAGACUAAACUUCUAAAUCUGCAGGAUCGUCAGAGGAAUAUCCAGGAGAAAGCCUCUGAUAAGAGGAAGAAGGUCAGGAAGUUAUUUAUGGACAUUAAGGAACAACUGGAAAUGGCAGAAAAGAAAGCGCUGAUCGAGAUCUCCAGGCAGGAGGAGAAGAUUGUGUCCCAGAUAUCUGAUCUGAUCAAGAAGCUGGAAAUAGAGGAGGACGAGCUGUCCAGGAAGAUGCGUCACCUGGAGGAGAUGUGUCAUGUCACCAACCCAAUAAGACUCCUACAAGAAGGUGACAUUACAGUAUGUGGUCAUGGAGAUGAUGAGGACACAGGGGGAGAUGGUGGAGAGGGCAGGUCUGAGGAUGAUCUGGAUGAGGUUCUGAUCUCACUGACCUUACACCGAUCUAUGAGGGAUAUUGUCACCAAUGUCGCAUCAGAGCUCGGACUCCAUGUUCCAGACAUAUUGCUGGAUGAGGACACUGCUAAUGAAUAUGUGAAGAUAUCAGAAGAUCUGAAAACAGCAACAGGAACAGAAGAAGACGAGGAAGAAGACGAGGAAGAAGACGAGGAAGAAGACGAGGAAGAAGACGAGGAAGAAGACGAGGAAGAAGACGAGGAAGAAGAACCGGACAGACCAGAAUCAUCAGGGAGGUUCCUGGAUUGGUCCCAGGUGUUAAGCAGAUGUGGCCUCUCCUCAGGAAGACAUUACUGGGAGGUAGAGUGGGACCAGAAAGGAGCAUGUGACAUCGGACUGUCCUAUCCCAGUAUAGAAAGGAAAGGAGAUGAGUCUGAUAUUAGAUGUAAUGAUAAAUCUUGGUGUCUGGUUAUGUCUGGUGCAGGAUGUGCAGUGUGUGACCGCUCAGUCAGAUCCCCCCUCAGUGUAGAUACAACAUGUCCUAGACUUGGGGUCUUCUUAGACUAUGAGGCCGGGCGUCUGUCCUUCUAUCAGCUGUGUGACCCCAUCAGACACUUACACACCUUCACCGCCUCCUUCUCUGAACCCCUACAUGUUGCCUUCUAUAUGCAGGAUGAAGCCUCUGUUAGAAUAAUAAGCUGAGGCCGAUGCGUCCAUGUCUCAUUAUAAUGUCCGUCUAUAAGUCACUAUAUAUCGCUGUAUCGGCGGAGCCUCCAAUCACACAAUGUAUAUGGCGGCUCCAUGGGUGGAUGUUUUUGUCAUCCUUGAAAAUCGGAUGCAAAAUUGAUUCUUGAAUUGGCCUAAGACUGAUAAUUGUCCAGAAUUUAAAGGAAUAUUCCCAUCUCAUAAAGUCCUGGUAUAUAGAUAGGAGAGGACAUCCCUUCCUUGACUCCGGGAUCCCCACUGGUCCUGGGAAUAAAGGGACCACAGUGCUGGUUUGGUGAAGUGUCCUCUUUAAAGUUAGUUUAUCUCAUAUCCAUUCUGCUUUCCCCAAACAAUAAAGGAGGAGUCAGUUCUGGGGAUGGGGUCCCAACAAAUCAGAAAGUGAUGGGAUAUUUUAUUUACAGUAUAUACUACCACUGUGUGAGAUGGGGAAACCUCUUUAAGCUGAGCCCGCAAUAUCUACAGCAGAUUCAGGGGACACAAGUGAUGUGUGAAGCUCUUUGUCUAUAUUCACAUUACUCAGGGAUUUGUAAAGCUGCAGGAGACGUUACAUGGU